AUGUUUUUUUUACUCUUAUAUGGUGUCAUCUUUUUAGCCUUGAGCUUAUUAAUGAUAGGCUUAUUUGAGUACAACUGUAUGUUUUAUCUGUUUGAGUGGAUUUGGUUAUGGUUUUUCGGAAUGAUUUUAUCAAUGGUAUUUUUAAUAAAGGAAGAAUCGAUAAAUGAGGAGGAUAGAGAACAGCUACUUGAAAAGGAGAUUAGUGAACACAAGUAAACCUAUAUACCAUUUACAAUGUAUGCGAUAAAUGCAUCAAUACAAGCAGCAGACAUAUUAUUAAUAUGUUUUGAAUUAUUCUAUAUGAGCUUCGGAUUGUUCAUUAUAUGUUAAGGGAUUGUGUUUGUAUUCUAUAUCAUCUAUACGAAUAAAUACGAUUAGCUAAAACUCAUUUAUGGAGGUGUUGUCCUGCUGACAGGCAUUUUCUCACUCGCUUUGGAUACGGAUGGGAAUGAUAAGUGCUACAUUGGUUUGAUAGCGACUCUCCUUCAGAUAGGAACAAACAUCUAUACCAUAAAGUUAAAAGAAGAAUUUAUGUGUUAAUAUAUAUUUCAGCAUUCCAAAUAUAUUUCCUAUACUGGUCUACUCAAAUUUCUGAUGUGGGUAAUUGUGAUUGUGAUAGUCAAUUUCAUUCCCUGUCCUAAAGUUGAUAAGACUACUGUGUGUCCUAACAAUCAAUAUUCUGAUAAGAAAUGCUCUGCUAAUGGCAACUUGGGAGAUUUCAGUGGGUAUUUUGAGACUACCUUUUCAGAAGAAUACAAUCAGAAUCAACAGAAGAGUAUUACUUACCCAGUAAUUGUGUUCGUAGUGUUGAUCUUAGUGAGUUCAGCUAUUAGCUACAUGGACAAUAAAAUAACCAUCAAGCAAUAAUCAGACAAGAAACAAAUAAUUUAACAAUUUGUUUUUUUUCCUUUAUAGAUUUGGGUAUAUCAUAGUCAUUUAAAUACAACCUUGUUUGUGUUUUGCAUUCUGUUCUUCAUUUUGCAAUGGUUAUUAGGACUCUAUAUAAUAUUUUAAGACAAGAAGACAGCCAAAUAUGAAUAAAUCGAAGAAGAUCAAGAUUCAGAGUUUUCAUGA